UAUUAUUAUCAUGCGUUCAGAAGCUCGGGAACAAAAAGAUAGUAUAUAAUUCCUCGAAGCCACGCUACACAGAUUUCUCUUCCCAUUCUACCCAUCACAACCCUCUUAAAUUACCACCAUCCCUUCUCUCCCUGUCUCUCUGCAUCGACAAUGGCUUCCUUCAACAUCCUCACUCUCUCUCUCUACCUUCUCUCUCUAAUCCUCUUAUCAAAAACUCGUCUUUCUCUCUCCCUAACCACCUCAGAUAUCCAUGAUCUUCUUCCUCAAUAUGGCCUGCCACGCGGCUUACUCCCUGACAAUGUGGAAUCCUUCACUCUACCAUCAUCUGAUGGGUCUUUUGAAGUCAAACUUAAGACCCCGUGCUAUGUUCACUUUGAUGAUGUCGUGUACUAUGAUAAAGUAAUCAAAGGGAAGUUGAGUUAUGGUUCCGUGCAUGAUGUCUCAGGUAUUCAAGCAAAGAAGCUCUUUGUUUGGUUGCCAGUUACUGGGAUUGAAGUUAGCAAGGCUGAUGAUGGUAUGAUUAGUUUCUUUGUUGGCCCGAUUUCCGAGGAGUUGCCUGCUAAGCAGUUCGAGGAUGUUCCUGCUUGUAAGAGGAAGGUUGGCGGGCUAAGGACAUAUUUGGAGUCGAUGUGAAGCCUUGUUAAGAGUUUUUGGUGAGAUUGCAAGAAAUGGUUUUUAGAAGAAUCGACCCCUUCUAUACUUGCAGUAAUGUGCGACUCGAACCAAGUUGCGAACAGAAAUUAGCAUGAAACUGGAGGAAACAAAGAAGCUUGAUACUUGUUAUAAGGGAGGGAGGGGAAAUGGUUCUUUUAGCUUGGUGUAUUAGGAUCAUUAACAACCUAUACAAGGUUUGGAGGUUUCAUUGAGCGAACUUUAUAGAAAACAAUGUCAAUCAGCUUUUAGUUAAUUGUAAUUUCUAUUGGUGGUUGACACUUGAAAUCAGGAAGGGGUGUUGCUUCCUCUUUUCCAAAACAUUCUCAACCAUCAAAGUUGUGUUUAAUUUCGAGAAUUGUGAUGAAUCCAGAAGUUUGAGCAUCCUGGAAGGG